AUGUCAUGUACAUCCUUCCCUGCUAGUCUCGAGUUGGUGACGCUGAGGUUCACCGGCCGCCGAACGUGGCGGGAAGAGGUGUUGCUGGCCCGGUGGGUGCAAGGCUGCGGCAUCGUGCCGUCGGACGCCGACCUCUUCCCAGGCAAGCUGGCCGACCUCAAGGGGCGCGAGCUGGCCUUCGCCACCUUCCACUACCCGCCGUACGCCGUGCUGGAAGACUCCACCGGCACGCAGGACGGCAUGGAGACGCGAAUACUGCUGGAAUUUGCCAAGAAGGUAAACGCAAGUUGGCGCCUGACGGUGGACGCGGAGCACGAGUGGGGCGAGAUCUGGGACAACAACGGGUCCGGGAACGGCAUCCUGGGCGCCGUGGUGACCGACGUGGCGGACGCGGGCUACGGCGCGCUCUACCAGUGGUUCCACGAGUACCUGUUCCUGGACUUCUCGCGGCCCUACAUCCGCACCGGCAUCACGUGCCUGGCGCCGCGGCCGCGCCCUCUGCCCGGCUGGCAGGUGCCGCUGCUGCCCUUCUCGGCCCACCUCUGGGCCGCCGUAGGAGCCUCGGUCCUCGUCGCCACCGCCGCCCUCUUUGCUGCCAGGAGGAGCUCCGACAGGAUGCUCGGCAGUAGGUACUCCACAAUAGAAGACUGCUUCUUCCGCUCUUUGGGCCUGCUGGUGCUACAGACGCCGGACGUGGAGCGGCGCCACACACGUGUCGUGGGCCCCACGCGCCACGUGCUGUCCUGGCUGCUGAUCGCCUACCUGCUCGUCACCGCCAGCUACGGCAGCGGACUCUCCUCCGUGCUCACCGUACCAAAGUACGAGCCGCCCAUCGACAGUGUGCGCGACCUUUACGAGAGCGGCAUUGAGUGGGCGGCCACCCACGAGGCGUGGGUGUUCUCGCUCAGGGAAGCCACUCAGCCGGUAAUCACUGACCUUUACCACCGCUUCCGUGUCCACAAGGAGGACGUCCUGCACGCCAGGACCGUCGCCAGAGACCUCGCUUACUCCAUCGAACGGCUGCCAGCAGGGUAUUUCGCCAUCGGCAACUAUAUCGACGAGGAGGCGGCGAGCAGGUGGCUGCGACCGAUGCGCGAGGACAUCUACUGGGAGCGGAGCAACGUGGUGGUCCGCAAGGGCUGGCCGCACCUGCGACACCUGGACGCACUCAUCGACAGGCUGCUCGACUCGGGGCUUCUGCUCGCUUGGGAGGGGCAGGUGUCUCGCCAGUGGAUGGCCGCCCGCGUGCAGCUGGCGGUGCAGACGGCCAUCUCGUCGUCCUCGUCGCACGCUGGAGACGGCCCAACGAAGCUGCGGCUGGGACACGUCCAGGGCGAGUUCGCGCUGCUCAUAUUAGGGCUGGUGCUCUCUAUCAUCACUUUCCUUGCAGAGUUGCUUAUUUACAAGACAACUGCCAGAAAUCUCGUCAGCGUGUAUCCAAGGAGAGAACGUCUCUCCCCGAACCGGAAACAUCGUAGCUCCAGUUGUCACCAAGACAAGAUGUGGGCUUAG